AUGGCAUCGCCGCCGGAAGUUGAUCUCGCCGAGUACGAGCGCCUCCGUGCGGAGAACAUCCGCCUCAAAGAGAUCAUCCUCGCCUCCGCCCGCCGCAAGGCCGACGAUCUCUCACCCGCCAUCAAGUCCUCCGAGCCUCCCGCCGCGCGCCGCCGCACCAUCCGCCUCUCUCAAUCCCCUCCCGACGCCCAGCCCGCCCCUCCCACGCCCACUCCAACGCCGAUGCCUCGCAGCACCACCUUCUCCUCCUCGCUCGCAUCCGCCAUCCUCGAUGCCGUCUCGCUUUCACCAGGGGCUGCCAAGAUCCGUGCCGACGAGUUCGAUGCCCGGAAGGAGCUCGUGCUGAGGCCUGCCAAUACGAGGAAGCUGCUGCCCAACAGGAUACCGGCACUCCUGGUCCUGCCGCUGGUCGACCGGACAGUGGUGGCGGCGGGGAACAUCUUGGGGAAUGUUGGGUUCUGGCACGCCGACCGGGAACCUGGCGUGGCGGAGACAGAUGGGGCGUUCGAGUAUUUGCCCCACCAGGGUCCUGUGGCAGCAAUCGUGGCACACCCGGCCCUGCCACAGAAGAUCUACAGUUGCAGCCAUGGGGGUGAAAUUUGUCAUAUGGACGCUGAGAAGGAGAGCUUUAAUAUUAUCCACUCGUGUGACUAUCCUGUUUAUUCACUCUGUCAAGCGCCGGACAGUGCUAGCUGCCUCUAUUUCGGUGGCGCGAAUGGUACACUGAAACUCUUUGAUGAGCGGAUGGGUAAGGUAUCAACCACAUGGGAUUCACAUGACAAUGCAGUCAACUCGAUAGAUUUUCAUCCAGAGAAGAAACAUAUGCUUGCCACAAGUUCAACAGAUAAAACAGCACGUGUGUGGGAUCUUAGAAGGCUCGAGAAGAAUAACAAAGAUUGUUUGAAGGUUCUCCAACAUGAUUCUUCUGUUCAGUCGGCUUAUUUCUCACCUAGUGGCCGCAUGCUAGCAACAACAAGCCUUGACGAUACCGUCAGAGUCUUUGAAGGGGAUGACUUUGAUAGCUCGCACAUUAUCAAUCAUAAUAACCAGACAGGACGCUGGAUUUCUUCAUUCAAGGCAAUCUGGGGUUGGAACGACAGGGACCUGUUUAUUGGAAACAUGAAGCGGGCGAUAGAUGUCAUCUCGGUUGGUAGCAGCAGCGAUGGUGGUGGCCUCAUCUCGGCUUCGCGCAGCGCGUGCCUCCAGAGCCAGCACAUGACGACCAUUCCUUGCAGGUUGUCCGCACAUCCAUACAAAGUUGGCCAUCUUGCCUGCGCGAGCUCUGGCAGCGUGUUCCUUUGGACCAGGGCUUGA